AUGGUUCACAUGCUGGGAUUUUAUGAUGAAGACAAGCAAAGGAUAUGUUUGAUCAGCAAGGAGCAAGUACAGGUGUUGUUUAGGGCUGUCUUAGGUUUCCCAGGCCGUCUAGUAUGUGGUAGCUUGGGUGGAGGUUCAGCCGAAGUUCCCUCAAAAAUAUCAUCUGAGAAUCAGGAAAUGUUUGAGGAAGAGUGA